GAGGGAGACAAGAUCUCGAAAAGCCGGAGCUGUGCGGUUCCUUAGUUUUGCCGGCUGAAGUGCGACGACAGCGGCGAAAGAACUCCAGCUGACAGCUUUCGAGCGCUUCACCACCUGAGAGGAGCCGGCAAAAGUGCGCCGACAUGGGGUAUGGAAGAUCAGACAGCUACCGCGUGGCCACCACGCAGGACAAGGACGAUAAGGACUCCCCUAAGAAGAAGAACAAGGGAAAGGAUCUGGAUGACCUGAAGAAGGAAGUUCCACUGACAGAGCACAAGAUGUCUGUGGAAGAAGUGUGCCGGAAGUAUAACACCGACAUCGUCCAGGGCCUGACCAAUGCUAGGGCAGCAGAGUACCUGCUUCGGGACGGGCCCAAUGCACUCACCCCUCCACCCACAACCCCAGAAUGGGUCAAGUUCUGCCGCCAGCUCUUUGGGGGCUUCUCCAUCCUGCUGUGGAUUGGGGCCAUCCUCUGCUUCCUGGCUUACGCCAUCCAAGCUGCCACGGAGGAUGAGCCAUCUAGGGAUAACCUCUACCUAGGUAUUGUUCUGUCUGCUGUUGUCAUCAUCACCGGCUGCUUCUCCUACUUUCAAGAGGCCAAGAGCUCAAAAAUCAUGGAGUCUUUCAAGAACAUGGUGCCGCAGCAAGCCCUGGUGAUUCGAGAGGGAGAGAAGAUGCAGAUUAAUGCCGAAGACGUGGUGGCUGGAGACCUGGUGGAGGUGAAGGGAGGAGACAGGAUCCCUGCUGACCUCCGGAUUGUUUCGUCUCACGGCUGCAAGGUGGACAACUCCUCGUUGACUGGUGAAUCAGAACCCCAGACCCGGUCACCUGACUGUACACAUGACAACCCGCUGGAGACACGCAACAUUGCUUUCUUCUCCACCAACUGUGUGGAAGGUACGGCACGUGGCAUUGUCAUCUGCACCGGUGACCGCACAGUCAUGGGCCGCAUUGCCUCCCUGACCUCAGGACUGGAGACCGGCAAGACCCCCAUCGCCAAGGAGAUCGAGCACUUCAUCCACCUGAUCACGGGUGUGGCUGUCUUCCUGGGUGUCACCUUCUUCAUCCUGUCCAUCGUGCUGGGCUACACCUGGCUCGAGGCUGUCAUCUUCCUCAUCGGUAUCAUUGUGGCAAACGUACCUGAAGGGCUGCUGGCUACUGUCACUGUGUGUCUGACCCUCACAGCGAAGCGCAUGGCCCGCAAGAACUGUUUGGUGAAAAACUUAGAGGCUGUGGAGACUCUGGGUUCCACUUCGACCAUCUGCUCAGACAAGACUGGCACCCUGACCCAGAACCGCAUGACUGUGGCCCACAUGUGGUUCGACAACCAGAUUCAUGAGGCUGACACCACUGAGGACCAGUCUGGUACCUCCUUUGACAAGAGCUCCGUCACCUGGAUGGCACUGGCACGGGUCGCUUCCCUCUGCAACCGGGCCGUAUUCAAGGCUGGCCAGGAGUCCAUGCCCAUUCUCAAACGGGAAGUGGCGGGAGACGCGUCUGAGUCGGCCCUGCUCAAGUGCAUAGAGUUGUCCUGCGGUUCUGUCAAGACCAUUAGGGAUAAGAACAAGAAGGUGGCUGAGAUCCCUUUCAAUUCCACCAACAAGUACCAGCUCUCUGUGCAUGAGACAGAGGAUCCCAAUGACAACCGCUAUCUGUUAGUGAUGAAGGGUGCCCCCGAGCGUAUCCUGGACCGCUGCAGCACCAUCAUGUUGCAGGGAAAGGAACAGCCCAUGGAUGAUGAACUCAGAGAGGCUUUUCAGAAUGCCUACUUGGAACUGGGUGGCCUCGGGGAGAGAGUGCUGGGUUUCUGCCAUUUGCUGUUGCCGGAGGACCAAUACCCCAAAGGCUUUGCCUUUGACACGGACGAUGUCAACUUCCAGACAGACAACUUGUGCUUUGUGGGUCUUAUGUCCAUGAUUGACCCACCCCGUGCUGCUGUGCCCGAUGCUGUGGGCAAGUGCCGGUCUGCUGGUAUCAAAGUCAUCAUGGUUACUGGGGACCACCCCAUCACUGCCAAGGCCAUUGCCAAGGGUGUGGGCAUUAUCUCCGAGGGCAAUGAGACAGUGGAGGACAUCGCUGCCAGACUCAAUAUCCCCGUCAGCCAAGUCAACCCCAGAGAUGCCAAGGCCUGUGUGAUCCACGGAACAGACCUCAAGGACUUGAGCCAAGAGCAGAUGGAUGAGGUGCUGAGAAACCACACGGAAAUCGUCUUUGCCAGGACCUCCCCACAGCAGAAGCUGAUCAUUGUGGAGGGCUGUCAGAGACAGGGUGCCAUCGUGGCUGUAACAGGGGAUGGUGUCAAUGAUUCACCCGCACUAAAGAAGGCUGACAUCGGUGUUGCCAUGGGUAUCUCCGGCUCUGACGUAUCAAAGCAGGCUGCUGACAUGAUCCUGCUGGAUGACAACUUUGCCUCUAUUGUGACUGGUGUGGAAGAAGGUCGUCUGAUUUUUGACAACCUGAAGAAGUCCAUUGCGUACACACUGACCAGCAACAUCCCUGAGAUCACGCCUUUCCUCUUGUUCAUCAUUGUCAACAUACCCCUGCCUUUGGGCACAAUCACCAUCCUGUGUAUUGAUCUGGGAACUGACAUGGUGCCAGCUAUUUCCCUGGCCUAUGAGGCAGCUGAGAGUGACAUCAUGAAGAGGCAGCCCAGGAACCCACGUGUAGACAAGCUGGUGAAUGAGAGGCUCAUCAGCAUUGCCUAUGGACAGAUUGGUAUGAUCCAGGCUCUUGGUGGCUUCUUCAGCUACUUUGUGAUUUUGGCUGAGAACGGCUUCCUGCCCUCUGUGUUGGUGGGCAUCCGCCUCAGGUGGGACGACCGCUCCGUAAAUGACCUGGAGGACAGCUAUGGGCAGCAGUGGACCUACGAACAGAGGAAGAUUGUGGAGUUCACCUGCCACACGGCCUUCUUCGUCAGCAUCGUCGUGGUGCAGUGGGCUGAUGUCAUCAUCUGCAAGACAAGACGCAACUCUGUGUUCCAGCAGGGCAUGAAGAAUAAGAUCCUGAUCUUUGGCCUGUUUGAGGAGACAGCCCUGGCUGCCUUCCUCUCAUACUGCCCAGGCAUGGAUGUAGCGCUCAGGAUGUACCCCUUAAAGCCAAGCUGGUGGUUCUGUGCGUUUCCAUACAGCUUCCUCAUCUUUGUAUACGAUGAGAUCCGAAAACUCCUCUUGCGUAGGAACCCUGGUGGUUGGGUGGAAAAGGAAACAUACUAUUGAUCAAAGAAAUCCUUCUUCACCCAUCUCCCUACUCCCUGUCCCGCUUCUCCCCAAGCUGUUCACUCCACCUUUCAUCAUACUCCUUCAGUAGAGGAAAAAAAAAAAAACACACUGGGACACCAGUAACAGUCCCAGAUAACGUCCCCACAGCUAACCCCCCAUUCCUUACUCAGAUUCAGAGGUCAGCGACAGAGGAGAAGGGGCUACUGUCUCCUCUGUCUGUUCUUGCCCAAAGACUACAUCAGAGCACCUUCUACGAGUACUGUUGUAAUGUUGACUUACCCACCUGUUACAGUAUUGUUCAUCUGGGUGAGCUGCUGCGUACACAAAUCCGUAUAUCUGCACAUGGCAGCUGUGGUCAAUUCAAGAGUGUGAGCCAUGAUUUAGUUUUUCCAUUACCCCCAUCACUUGGCUCCUCCUCCAACACUUCAACCCCUGCCCACCAUACCUCUGGCUUCCUCUUAUCCAGUCCCAUGUUGGUAAACAAUCCUGCUGGUUCAAAGAAUUGCCCCUUUGACAUCAGUAAAACAGUACUGCUUGCCUUUGGCCACAAGAGGAAGUAUAGUAACGGUCUUUCUCUCUUAGUUUUUCUGCCUCUUUCCCAAUUUGGCCAUAGUUAGGUUGUUUUUUAUAUAUAUAUAUAUAUAUAUAAAGUGGGGAGCUGAGUGAUUUUACUAAUUAUUAUUUAUAGAGGGAGGGGUGUCUUAGAACUGCUUUUAUUCAUAUAGAUAUUGAUAAAGCACACCUUUUUCCCCAUCCCUGUGAGUCCCUGUCUGCGUGCACUGUGUGAACCAUCGUCCUAGUUAAUAUUCCUACUCCCCCCCCCCCCCCGCAAAAAAGAAAAAUCAUCUUUCUGUGUGUUCUAGGAAAAGUCCUGUUUAAAACAUGUAAAAGAGGAAACGACAAGAAGAACAAAACUAACAAGUGAGAAGCAACAACAAAGAUAUCAAUAAAAAGAAGGACCUUUCUUUCA